GUCGCAUGUUUUAUUCACCUGUUUAAAGUUUGCUUCCUAGCUACAACACUAUUAGAAGCUGUUAAUACAUUUUACAUUAAUACUACUCGGUUUGACCAUAGACUGUCAGAGCCUUUUAAAGAGAUAAGAGAUAAGAGAUUCUCUCUAUGGGGCUCUGGACUGUAUAAAAUAAGAUGCGCCGGAAGAAAGACGAAACUCCGUGUUUAGAAAAUAAAAGCCUCUGGUUCCUCGGGCGUUUCCAUGGUGACAUCCAAAAGGUCACCAAAGUGAGCAAAAGUAACUAAACUCAUAUAAAACAGCCCAUUUCAGCUAUUUGAACGACAGAAUGGACACUUUUGAAGAGAGAAAUGACCAGACGGUAACUUAAACACCUUCUUUGUAACUUACAGGCAGAAGACCACAGUUUAUUUCCCAGUGCUGUGUCAGAAAAGGAGCUGGAUGAGACCAGGAGAAAAAACACUAUCAAGCAGCUUUAUGGCUCCAGCAAAAUCUUCCUGGCACCAGCAGAGAAACGCCCUGAGAGACCAGAGCUACGGGGGAGCGUUAUCAUUCAGAGCAAGGCUGCAGAGCAUUACACAAAUGGAAAAGAGGCAAUGGGAAAGUCCCAGUAUGAGAAGGCUGUGAUCUGCUUCUCCAAAGCCAUCACACUGCAGCCAGAACAGACUCAGCUGCAUGUGAGCCAGGCUGAGGCCUACCUGCAGCUGUGUGACUUCCAGUCAGCAGCAGCCUGUUAUAAACAGGCCCAGCUCCUAGAACCUGGAGCCUUCAGCGCCCGCUUGGCCUUCAUCUACUAUCUCCAGGGCCAGUGUUUGUUCGACCGAGGCCUUUUCCUAGAGGCUCUGGAGGCCUUCAGCAAAGCUGCUGAGGUGAAGCCUGGCUGCAGGGCCUACGAGGUCAGAAGCUUGGCCUGUCUGACAGCUACAGGUCAUCACACUGAGUGUCUGAAGCUGGUGAAUGACUGGAUGGUGUCAGAUCGGCCCUCCUCUGACCUUUAUAUGCUCAGAGCCAGACUGCACAAACUGCUCAACCAGACAUCACAAUGUUAUCAAGACGUGAAGUUGGCGUUGGCAUUGAACCCAGCGUGUCCGGCGGCCGGAGCCCUGCUGCUGCAGCUGCAGGUAGCCAGUGAGCAGGCCAGACAAAAGGCCGUGGAUAGAGCUUUGAUUGGUCAGCUGCCGGAAGCCCUGUGCAUGAUCAAUGUUGCUAUGGAGAACAGCCCGCAGGAUGGACGCCUCUACCUGUUCAGGGGGAUUCUGUACCGACGUCUGAAAGACUUCACAGCAGCCAUCGAGGAUCUGGUCCAGGCUAUGGAGCUGAGCGAGGAGGAGGAGGGAGAGAAGGAGGUCAGAGAUCAGGCGGAGGCCAGAGACGAGAAGGAUGAGCGUGGCUCUGUGCAAGAGGAGGUGCAUUUUCAGCUGGUUCUCACCUACAAUGAUUUUGCUGUUCAGUGCUUCAGCAGAGGCCUCUACGCUGAGGCGACUCUGCUUCUCAACAAGGCUAUCGAUGAGGAGAAGGGCCAGGCAGGCCUCUACCUGAACCGAGGAGGCUGUGGUGUGUGUGUGUGUCUGUCAGACUGUUUCUUUAAGCAGGGUGAGUGGUGUUACGCUCUGGCUGAUUACCAGCAGGCUGAAGAGAUGAUGCAGCCUGAUGACCCUGCUGUCGGGCUCCGCCUCGCUGUCCUCCACAACACGCUGGGGUCUUUCUGCUUCCAGGACGGGCAUUUCCAGGAGGCAGCUGCCAUGUUUUCUCUGGCCAUCCAGUACAAUCCCAAAGCCAGUCAGUACUAUGAGAACAGAUCGAAGACCUUCCGAAAGCUCCUAAACUUGAAGGGAGCCAGACAGGAUUUCAUCUGCAUGCUGAUCCUGGAUCCCACCAACGAGGAGCUGCCUCCUAUGCUCAUGAAUCUGUUCCCUGGCUGCAGCGUGUCUGAUGUUUUGUCCAGUCCAGCAGGGCAAGCACUCAGAGUUCAGCUGAUGGACACCAUCCAGGCCUGCAGCUCCUCCGAUCAACAAAGACUGAGUGAGAAGCUGAAAAAGAUGACUCUGACCUAUGAGAACACGCCGAGGCAAUCAGAAGACCCCUCUGAAGCAGGAAAGAAGCUGAAGUUGUGUGUAGACCAACUGGAGACAGUUAAGGAAGCGGUUUCGGUCAUUUCUCCAUGACUGUCCAACUGGGCAACACACCGGGCCACACCUCAUUACACCCACCACCCCCAUCCACAUGGUGGAUCUGGACCAGUCCGCCUACAGGCACAAGAGCAGCUUAAAGUACAACACAAGAUAUGGGUGCUCUGAGGUCUGCGACACUUCUCAGAAGUGACGUGAAAAACAAAUAAAUCUUUUAUCUGUGCCUGA